AUGGGAAUUAUUGACGGACCUCGUCCUUUAGAAGAACUUUUCACUAAAAAUAAUGAAUAUUCUACAGAGUCUUCAAGACUUCAGGCCAAAACAGAGAAAUCAGUAUAUGAUUUGUUUAAGCCAGUAAAAGAUGAAAAUUCACUAAACACGAUAAGGCUUAAUAGAAUCUCACACAUUAAAUACGCUACGGAUGGUCUUAAAGGUUUACAUAAACAUUGGGUAGUAUUAGAUGCUAACAAACCUUGGCUGUGCUAUUGGAUGCUUCACGUUCUCGAUUUGCUUGGCCAUGAUCUUACCCAAGAGCUCAUAGACAGAGGUGUAUCAACUAUCUCUAAGUUACAAAAUAUUACUGGAGGAUUUGGUGGUGGUCCAGGUCAGAUAUCUCAUGCUGCUGUAACUUAUGCUGCGGUAAAUACUAUAGCAAUUUUAGGAACUAAAGAGGCAUACGAUUCAAUUGAUAGAGAAAAUCUUUAUAAAUGGUUCAUGAAAUUAAAACAGCCAGAUGGUUCGUUUAUAAUGCAUGAAGGUGGAGAAGUUGAUAUCCGCGGAGCAUACUGUAUCCUUGCUACGGCUACGUUAACUAACUUGAUCACACCAGAACUAAUUGCAAAUACUGCUGAUUGGAUAAAGCGAUGCCAGACUCAUGAUGGAGGAAUUGGUGGUGAACCAGGUCUUGAAGCGCACGGCGGGUACGCAUUCUGCGGCCUUGCUGCGAUGGAAAUACUUGGUAAAGCUGAUUUGUUAGACAUCCCAUCACUUUUUGUAGGUGACUUACAACUAGGGAUGUUAGAUUGUUUUGAUCCGAUCAUAGGACCAAAGAUUGAUGAUCUGAAACGUAACUUCGCACGUUGGGCUUCUUCCCUUCAAAUGCAACUCGAGGGAGGCUUCCAAGGUCGGCCAAAUAAAUUAGUAGAUGGAUGUUAUUCGUUUUGGGUUGGUGCAUUGUUUCCUGUUUUGGAAGCUAUUAUGACACGUCAGCAAGUAGAAAAAAAUUAUACAAAUCGCAAAGAGCUUAAUGAAUAUAUUUCUCAACCUUUAUUUGAUAGAGAAGCACUUCAAGAGUAUCUUUUGAUAGCUUGUCAACACCCAAAAGGUGGGUUAAUUGAUAAGCCAAAACGAAGCCCGGACUAUUAUCACACUUGCUAUUGUUUAAGUGGUCUAUCGACUUCACAACAUCAUGUAAUUUAUGACAUUGAAAAAGCUGUAUCUUCAGGCGUAGAACAGGGUGAGCUUAAUGCUGGAGAUAGAUCUCUGCUGUGGUUUGAAGAUGGGACAAAGAUUCUAAUCCUUGGUGAUCCCAGUAACAUUGUGAAUGUUACGCAUCCUAUUCAUAACGUAACUAUGCCAAAAGCUAAAAAAAUUAUUGAAUAUUUUCGCGAAAAGCCUUGUGAUUUUUAG